AUGAUAACUACUACUACUUCAACUUCAACCACUACAUUUCAUUCAAUACUCAAAGUACAAUACAUUAGACACUUAAUAUUCAAUCAUGUCAGUGAUAUAUCAAACAAUAAUGAUAACAGUAGUAGUAAACUACAACACCAACACCAAAGAUCACCAUUAAAAGGAAGAGAUAUAAUCAAUUUACCUAGACUUGAAAUGAUAUCAAUCUAUGGAAUGCGUUGGGACUUUAUUAGACAUUAUCUACCUAAAGAUAUUAAAAAAAUAGUAUUUGAAAGAAGAAGAAGAGUAAUUACUCAAUACUGUCAACACCCAAAUGCAACAUUGGAUACACUCUUACAUCUAUUGGAAUGGUCCUAUGAUAUUGAAUUUGAUUGGCAAUACUUGAAUAGUAAAAUAAAUGCACCUGGCGUUAGAAUAAGAAAUCAAGAGAUACUGGAAUACCUAAUCAAACAAUGUAAACCAAAAGAGAAAUACUACUUUUUCAUUGGGGAGAUGAGCAAAGCAUCUAAAGAUGGUGACCUAUCCAUUGUAAAACACCUUCAUUUCAAUCGUACUGAAGGUGCAAUCACUUAUGCUAUGGAUAUGGCUGCUGAAAACGGUCAUUUGAAUGUGUUUAGAUUCCUUGAUCAACACCGUACUGAAGGUCAUUCAAGUGCCAUGGAUUUGGCUGCUUUCAAUGGGCACGUCGAAAUUAUAAAGUAUAUUCAUGAACAUCGUAGUGAAGGUGCAGUUCGUACAAUGGAUUUUGCUGCUCGAUUCGGUCAUUUGAAUGUAGUACAAUUCCUUCACGAUCACCGUACAGAAGGUGCAUCAACCGAUGCUAUGGACAAGGCAUCUCAAAACGGCCACUUUGAAAUUGUAAAGUUCCUUCAUUUCAAUCGUAGUGAAGGUGCAACAAAAGAUGCUAUGGAUUAUGCCUGUGCACGUGGCUACAUUGAUAUCGUACAAUUCCUUCAUGAGCAUCGAAAUGAAGGAUGUACAACCAAAGCCAUGGACAAGGCAUCUCAAAACGGCCACUUUGAAAUUGUAAAGUACCUACAUUUCAACAGAACAGAAGGAGCAACUACAGAUGCUAUGGAUUAUGCCUGUGCUGGUGGAUACAUUGAUAUUGUACAAUUCCUUUAUCAACAUCGCAGUGAAGGCGCAACACCCAACUCCAUAAGUUUGGCAGGUGACUAUAGUCGUUCAACGGGUUGGAAAAACCUUGAAACGUUAAACUAUCUUAUCAAUACUGUCAAUAUACAAUGUCAAUUCCCUUCAACGAUAAGUCUACUAUUGCAUAAUCGUGGUGAUCAAUAUGUUUUUCAAAACUUCCUCUUUCUUUAUAACUUAUUAUCCAACAAUAUUAAUAAUAUUAAUAAUAUUAAUAAUAAUAAUAAUAAUAAUAAUCCAAAUAAUCCAAAUAAUAAUAAUAAUCAUAUUUUGACAUCAGAUAUGAUGGAUACGGCAGCUGAAAACGGUCACAUUGAAAUUGUAAAGUUUCUUCAUGAACAUAGUAGUGAAGGUGCAACUACUUGGGCUAUGGAUACAGCAGCUGGAAACGGAUACAUUGAAAUUGUAAAGUUUCUUCAUGAACAUCGUACUGAAGGAUGCACAAGUGAUGCUAUGGAUAGAGCAGCUAGAAAUGGUCACAUUGAAAUUGUUAAAUUUUUACACUAUAAUAGAAGUGAAGGACAACCUAGAUUCCCAAAUAAUUAUGAAUCUUCCAAAGGAUAUCUAGAAAUGGUAUCUUUUAUGAUCGAUAUUGGCAAAUUAGAAUGUAAUCAAGACAAUCUACGUAGUGCUACAUUUAGAGGAAGCUACGAAAUUGUAAAGUUGAUUCUCGAUCAAUUUGGCGAUCGAAUUGGAAAAGAAUCAAUUAAACAAGUCAUUGACACUUAUAAACCAAUCAGUGAUCAUUUUGAAGUCAUUCAUCUACUAGAAUCUUAUUUAAACCCUCCAUUGACAAAUCGCAGAAAGAAUAAAAAAAAAUAA